GCGUCACUUCCGCCCGUUCCCUCUGGUCGUGCAGACGGGCGGAGCUGAAGCAACUUCCCUUUCUGUUUCCCUACUUCCUCUCGGUGCCUCCGCCUCCGUGGAGAAGCUCCUUCCCUCUCCCGGCAGGCAGGCAGGCCAGGUCCCACCCAGCUUCCUGCGUGCCGCCCGUGCCUGGUCGUGGGCCGGGAGUCGGGAGCCGGCCCGGCGGGGUUUCGUGAUGGCCGCAUUUCUCCCGAAAGGACUUCCCCGUCCCCCCUGUCGCCUUUGAGCCUCGGGACCGGAGUCAGGAAAGACACUGCCAUCUUACGCCAAGAUGUCAGGGAUUGGAAAUAAACGAGCUGCUGGAGAGCCAGGCACAUCUGUGCCUCCAGAGAAAAAGACAGCUGUUGAAGAUUCGGGAACCACAGUGGAAACAAUUAAGCUAGGAGGUGUCUCUUCAACGGAGGAGUUAGACAUUCGAACACUGCAAUCCAAAAAUCGUAAGCUAGCAGAAAUGCUGGACCAGAGACAGGCCAUUGAAGAUGAGCUUCGGGAACACAUUGAAAAACUGGAGCGACGCCAGGCCACUGACGAUGCCUCUCUGUUGAUUGUGAACCGGUACUGGAGCCAGUUUGAUGAAAACAUCCGUAUCAUCCUUAAACGUUACGAUCUGGACCAGGGUUUGGGAGACCUGCUCACAGAAAGGAAAGCCCUGGUUGUGCCAGAACCAGAGCCUGACUCUGAUAGCAAUCAGGAGCGCAAAGAUGACCGCGAGAGAGGGGAAGGGCAAGAACCAGCUUUCUCUUUCCUUGCUACCUUGGCCAGUAGUUCCAGUGAAGAAAUGGAGUCGCAGCUUCAGGAGCGUGUGGAGUCCUCCCGCCGGGCUGUGUCCCAGAUUGUGACUGUCUAUGAUAAACUGCAAGAAAAAGUGGAACUCUUAUCCCGGAAACUGAACAGUGGAGAUACCCUGAUAGUGGAGGAAGCGGUGCAGGAGCUGAACUCCUUCCUUGCACAAGAGAAUGUGAGGCUCCAGGAGCUGACAGACCUCCUUCAGGAGAAGCAUCACACCAUGUCUCAGGAGUUCUGUAAGCUGCAGGGUAAAGUAGAGACGGCUGAGUCGCGGGUAUCUGUCUUGGAGUCCAUGAUUGAUGACCUGCAGUGGGAUAUUGACAAAAUUCGAAAGAGAGAACAGCGGCUCAACCGACAUCUGGCUGAAGUCCUAGAACGGGUGAAUUCAAAAGGCUAUAAGGUGUAUGGUGCAGGGAGCAGUCUCUAUGGAGGUACAAUCACCAUCAAUGCCCGGAAGUUUGAGGAGAUGAAUGCAGAGCUUGAGGAGAACAAAGAGUUGGCUCAGAACCGACAUUGUGAGCUAGAGAAACUUCGUCAAGACUUUGAAGAGGUUACUACACAGAAUGAAAAGUUGAAGGUGGAAUUGCGGAGCGCAGUAGAGGAAGUGGUUAAGGAAACUCCAGAAUACCGCUGCAUGCAGUCACAGUUCUCUGUCCUGUACAAUGAGAGUCUACAGUUGAAAGCCCAUUUGGAUGAAGCGCGGACUCUGCUUCAUGGUACCCGGGGAACUCAUCAGCGCCAGGUGGAGCUCAUUGAGCGUGAUGAGGUGAGUCUGCAUAAGAAACUGAGGACAGAAGUGAUCCAGCUGGAAGAUACCUUGGCCCAAGUCCGCAAGGAGUAUGAGAUGCUGAGGAUAGAGUUUGAGCAAACCCUUGCUGCCAACGAACAAGCAGGUCCCAUAAACCGGGAGAUGCGCCAUCUCAUUAGCAGCCUCCAGAAUCACAACCACCAGCUGAAGGGGGAGGUCCUGAGGUACAAACGGAAACUGAGAGAGGCACAGUCUGACCUGAACAAGACUCGUCUGCGCAGUGGCAGUGCCCUCCUGCAGUCUCAGUCUAGUACUGAGGACCCCAAGGAUGAACCCACAGAACUCAAGCAGGAUUCUGAGGACCUGUCCACUCAUUCUUCAGCAUCGAAGGCCUCUCAGGAGGAUCCCAGUGAAGUUAAGUCCAAACGGGAUGAAGAAGAGAGAGAACGAGAAAGGAGGGAGAAAGAGAGAGAGCGAGAACGAGAACGAGAGAAGGAAAAGGAGAGAGAACGAGAGAAACAGAAGCUGAAAGAGUCAGAAAAAGAGAGAGACUGUGCUAAGGACAAGGAGAAAGGGAAGCAUGACGAUGGCAGGAAGAAGGAAGCAGAGGUCAUGAAGCAGCUGAAGACUGAGCUCAAGAAAGCACAAGAGAGCCAGAAGGAGAUGAAACUUCUGCUAGAUAUGUAUCGCUCUGCCCCCAAGGAGCAGAGAGACAAAGUGCAGCUAAUGGCAGCCGAGAAGAAGUCAAAGGCUGAGUUGGAGGAUCUCAGGCAAAGACUCAAGGAUCUGGAGGAUAAGGAGAAGAAAGAGAACAAGAAAAUGGCUGAUGAGGAUGCCUUGAGGAAGAUCCGGGCAGUGGAGGAGCAGAUCGAAUACCUGCAGAAGAAGUUAGCCAUGGCCAAGCAGGAGGAAGAAGCUCUCCUCUCUGAGAUGGAUGUCACAGGACAGGCCUUUGAGGACAUGCAGGAGCAGAACAUCCGUUUGAUGCAGCAGUUGCGGGAGAAAGAUGACGCAAAUUUCAAGCUGAUGUCAGAGCGAAUCAAGUCCAAUCAGAUCCAUAAGUUGCUUAAAGAGGAAAAGGAGGAGCUGGCUGAUCAGGUUUUGACACUGAAGACUCAGGUGGACGCCCAGUUACAGGUAGUGAGGAAGCUGGAAGAGAAGGAGCACCUGCUUCAGAGUAACAUUGGCACAGGGGAGAAGGAGCUGGGCCUUAGGACUCAGGCCUUGGAGAUGAAUAAGCGCAAGGCGAUGGAGGCAGCCCAGCUUGCAGAUGACCUCAGAGCACAGCUGGAAUUGGCUCAGAAGAAGCUCCAUGACUUUCAGGAUGAAAUUGUAGAGAACAGUGUCACCAAAGAAAAAGACUUGUUCAAUUUCAAACGAGCACAGGAGGACAUCUCUAGGCUUCGAAGGAAGCUGGAAACCACCAAGAAGCCAGACAAUGUGCCCAAGUGUGAUGAGAUUUUGAUGGAGGAGAUAAAGGACUACAAGGCUCGCCUGACCUGCCCCUGCUGUAACAUGCGGAAAAAGGAUGCGGUACUCACCAAGUGCUUCCACGUCUUCUGCUUUGAGUGUGUCAAGACUCGCUAUGACACUCGCCAGCGCAAGUGCCCCAAGUGUAACGCCGCCUUUGGUGCCAACGACUUCCAUCGCAUCUACAUUGGCUGAUCACGGUUGAGAGAGAGGAGCUGGCUAGGCAAGCACUUACCCAUGAAUCACCAGGCCUCUACCUCUUCUCUCCUUGACGUUGGCCAACUCCCUUGCUCCUCAGACUGUGUCCAGGCUCUCCCCUCCUGUAGCUAGAGAACACUAGUGAGAAAGAGACCUCAAGCCUCGAGUUUUAGAGUGCACUGCAAGCUGCCACUGUUCGUCUCCCUGCCAGCUUGGUUUGUGUACUGCUUUCAGCGUUUUCUUCUUGGGCCUAACCUGUUAACUUGGAUUGCCCAAUCCUUCUGGAGAAGGCAGACUGAUAGUUUUGACACUGAGACGGCAAUGCAGGUGGAGUGAGCAUACGCCACUAUGGAGGAGAGAACUUUUAGAACUAAGCUUUCUGUGGGCCCAAACUUCUUGAUUUGGGAAGUAAACCUUUUCCUAGGUUAUAAAAUGGUAUAAUUGUGAUAUUUUCUCCUGUAAGGUUUGAAGCCUUAAUGAAAUUGUAUCCAGGAUAAUUCAGCCCAUUCCUCACUUCUACCUAAGUGACUUUUAGGGGCACUUAGGAUUUCUUGCUAAUGUUAUUUAUGUUUUAAAUAUUCAGAUACUUAAUAGGCUUUUAGUUUCUUAAGGCCAGAAUAUUUCAAACAGGAUAGCCGCUCUGUUCUUUUUUUUUUUUUUUUACUGCAGUCAGAAUUAGAACUUAAGAAUUGUCUGGAAUGAGAUUGAACAGAUCGGGGUAGUCUGGGAAUGCAACCCAGGGAGCUGUUGUGAGCUAUGAAUUGCUUUUAUCCUUCUUUUGAGAGGAAUUACAUGGUCCCCGUUUUCCAGAAGAGUCUCAGUAAUGUUUCUGUGGGAUUUUAAAAUAUGCCACAUAACUUCCAAGUAAAGCAGGUUUCAGUUUG